AUGGACUACAGCCAGCUCACCGUCGCCAAGCUCAAGGAUGAGUUGAAGGAACGCGACAUCCCCAGCACCGGCCUCAAGCUCAAAAAGGAUUAUAUCGAUCGGCUGGAGCAGCACGACAAGGACCACGCGAACCAACAACAAAUUCCUUCUCUCGACACCCCGGCAGAAGAUCCUGCCACAACAGAUCCUUCGAGUUCCGCAGACAUACCACCAGUCGCUGAGCACAAGCCGGAACCCACCGAGAAUCAAGAAUCUACAGAGCCCACCAACGAAACAGUCGCAUCUCCCAAACCAGAAGUCAUGGACCAGCCACCUACGAUCGCGACUCCCGAGCCUGCCAAUAUCGAAGAGCCUGUCUCGGCGGAUGGAAAAAAGAGAAAGAGACGCAGUCACAGUCCUGUCAUAACCGAAGAGCUUGUCCACAAGAAAUUAAAGCAAGAGGCUGAUGGUCCAGUCGUCCACUUACCAACCGACCAACCUGAUGUCUCUAUGCCCGACGUCCCUCUGGAACAGCCUGGCCUGACCCUUCAGCCAAUGUCCACUAGUGACGACUUGACUCAACCAUUCACCAGUGAUUCCGACAAGCCAAGGUCAACUCGAAGCCCCAUUGAACGUCGUUUCAAGAACCUCAUAAAUCCGGCCGAGUCCGAUCCCGUUCAGCCCACACCUGAGCCUACUGAUGUUGCUGUUUCGCCUGCAAUUCACCCCGCAACCCGCGCCUUGUAUAUUCGUGAUCUCGUUCGUCCUAUUAACCCCACUGGUCUGAGAGACCACCUCGAAGAUAUCGCAAGACCUCCGGACCACUCCGAUUCAUCUGCUUCACUGGUUGAGGAAUGCCAUGUCGACGCUCUCCGCACACAUGCUUUCGUUCUGUUCACUUCCAUAUCUGCUGCUUCCAGGGCGCGGGCUGGCACUCAUGCUCGAAUCUGGCCCCCAGAACCCAUGCGGAAGCAGCUGUGGGCAGACUUCUUCCCCGAAGAGCGCUUCCAGGAAUAUCUUGAGAUCGAGCGCGCGAGCGGAGGUUCAAGACCUAGUCAGGCCAAACGUUGGGAGCUUGCUUACAAUUCUCACGAUGAUGGUGUUGACGUACAGCUUGUCGAGGCAGGUCCUGCUGCUCACCGUGCUUCAACACAUGCUGGCGCAUCGAAUGCCCCUCCCACUGGCCCACGAGGCAGCAUGUCAAGCGCGAGACGUCCGUCCUUCGCGCAGAGCGAACAGAGACUACCGUCUCAGCCUGUUCAUGCACCUCCCCCACGCCGCAGCUCAAGGGUAGUUGAAGAAGCUAGCGCCCCCUUCCUGGAGUUGGACAAGCUCUUCAACUUCACCUCGACCAAGCCAAAGCUAUACUGGCAGCCUGUAAGUGACAACCUUGCCGAUGACAGGCUUGACGAGCUAGAUCGUGAGACCAGCAGAGACUGGGAUCCGAUUGCAGACGCAAAGAGAAAUGGCGAUUUUCUGGGCCGCGGUCUCGAUCAGCUCAAGCGAUAUACCUUUGAAGAUGGUGACGUCCUCGUCGACGGCGGCCCAGAGUUCGGCGGAGGUCGUGCAUUUGCACGAGCUGGCAACCGCGGACGGGGUCGAAGGAAUGGAGAUAGCUACCGCGGACACUAG